AACGGUUCUGAGUUUUCGUCACUUUGGGUUCAUUCACCGCGCUAUGAACUGGCGUAGACAAAAACUCAUGGAGGAACAUCAGACAUAUUUUCAAUAAAGGAAAUUUAAACUCGAGGAAUCCGCCGGUUUCUGGUUCGUCAUGGAGUUACCCCAAAGGGAGAGGACGGCAGAGCUCAUAGAGGAGCUGACCACAUCUGGACAGGGUCAACUUAACCCGGACAAAAUGAAGGAGCUGAAGAAGAUCUGCAAAGUGUCGAAUGACUGCAUCGAUCACGUGUACCACUUGCUGAUGUCUCAGCUCAACCAAGACCACUGCGAGAUCCGACUGUCAGCCUUCCAGAUAGCCAGUGAGCUCUUUUCCAGAUCGCACCACUUCAGGACACUGCUGGUCGACAACUUUCAGGAGUUCUUGGAGCUGACUGUGGAGACGGACACGGAGCAGCCCCUCCCUCCUCCCAAAGAAGUAGCCAAGAAGCUGCGGUCACUGGCCAUCCAGACCGUCCAAUCAUGGCAAGCCUCUUAUGGCUCUGCUUACAAGAAACUGGCUCUGGGCUACCACUUCCUCAAACAGGUUAAAAAGGUGGACUUUCAGGAUCUCGAAGCAAGGACGAUAUCAGAGAGAAGGAGGGAGGAGGAAAGACAGAGGAAGAUGGAGAGGAUCUACAAAGCCAGAGUGGAGGCGGCGGCCAAAGAAAUGGAAGAGUCCUACCAGGAAAUGGAGUCGACGCUCACAGAGAUGGAGUCCUGCUUGAGGCUUCUCCUGCCCGAGUUUGGGGUGGCAGAUUUCCAGACGGACACCAGCAGCCACUCAAACACUCAGCCGGCCAGCGAGGGUCUGCCUGAUGUCCAGCAGCCCUGCUGCAGUAAAGCCCUGACGGACGUCGAGACAGAGUCAGGAAUACGAGGAAGAGAGGACGGGCCAGAGGAGGAGAACCGGACUCCAGCGGGAAAUAAAAACCAGGAUACAGGAAAUGAGGAAGAGGAGAAAACAUUUACAGAUUGUUCUGAUCCUCCUAAGAAAGGAACUGAAAACAAAGAACACAACAAGGAGGAGAAAAGACAGAGUGAAGUGAAAGAUGGGAGUGAGGAAGGAGAAAGUAGCGAGGAAGAGGAGUCUGUUGAGGAGUGUUUGCCUCUGAGGAGCUCUGGGCUCAUUUCUCACGCUUACAGUCUGGACCUGAACCUCAGUCCUGGUCUUCAUGUGAAGGAGACAGAAGACAACGAGGCGGUGGUUUCCACGGUGAUUGAGCUCCAUAAACUGAUCCAAACCAAACACCUUCCAGCUGUGCAGGGCUGGGUCCAGGUUUUCACAAAGUCGCGUGCCGACGAGCAGCUGCUGAGAAGAGCGCUGGACCUGAAGAGGUCUCUAGAGGGCGCUGUUCAGAAGCACAAAGAACUUCACAUCGACUACCAGACCAGAUCCUGCAGAGAGAAGACGGACACCUCAGAUGACGACGACGACGAUUUUGACGAAGUGCCAGAAAAAGAAGGCUACGAGCCGCACAUUCCCGAGCAUAUGCGUGCCGAGUACGGUCUGGAUCCUUCUCCGUCCACCUCCACCGCCCAACCUAAGCAGAAAAGGCCUCCUGUUAAACGACCCGCGCCUCCUCCACCUCAAACCACCUCCCGGCGUCUGAUGAGACUUUUAGAAGAACAACAGGAUCCCACCUCUGCAGCUGCCACUCUGAGCCUCCUCAGGCAGAAGAUCUCUCUGCCCCACCAGUCAAGCAGCUCCUCUGGAGCCGCUUCUUCUUCUUCUCAGAGCGCUUCAGGCCAACAGGCAGCUCAGGCUCCAGUGGUUCCGUUCGGUUUGGACCUCUACUACUGGGGUCAGGAGCAGCCCAACGCUGGCAAAAUCAUCAAGUCAGCCUCACAGCAUCAGUUCUGGGUUCCUGCAGAGGUGGAGGAGGAGGUGGAGAACAAGGAGCUGUUGGAACAGAGCAAGAGCCGAUACAUCUCCUUCCCCGGGAGGUUCGUCCCUGUCAGUCACUUCUGCCGGGCGCCGCUGGGGAGCGGGAAGCUGUGCCAGCGGCAGGACCGCCUCAAGUGUCCCUUCCACGGCCCCAUCAUCCCCCGAGACGAGGAGGGCCGACCCUGCAGGCCAGAAGACCGGCAGAGGGAGGAGCAGGAGGAGAGGAGGAAGAGGGAGCAGGAGCCUGACUGGCGAGAUGCGGAGCUGAUGCGCGACAUCGAGGCAGCGACGGGGGAGGACCUGGGCUCCGAUCGCUUGGGCGGGAAAAAGAAGAAAGGGAAGAAGAAGAAGAAGUACCCCAACCUGAGCGACCUGAAGCAGAGCAGCGACACGUCCCGGUCCAGACUGGAGAGGAAAGUCUUCAACAAGAGCACCAUGCGCAGAGUGGCUCAGGUGCUGAGCAAAGCCGACAGGAGGAAACACGACAAGUUCUCCAAUCAGUUCAACUACGCCCUCAACUGAGCCGCAGGUCUCCACCGCCAGACCCCUCCCACCUGAGACCUGCACUUCUGUGGCAUGAGGAAGACAUGAUCGCCAUGACGACGGAGAGUCAAACUGUUCUUUAACAACUAAACUUUGGUGCUCUGGUCUUAUUAAAUGGAAUGUCAUACAUGUGGGAUGAUUUGAUUGGAUGUUAGAAGAAGUUCAGGGAUCUACACCUCAAAGUCCUGAUGAAGAUCCAUCAGCAGCAAUUUACCAACUUUUAAGCUACUUUUUGUUGUCGUUUUUCUCCUACUGAUUAUGUUUUCGCUUAUUUUCCCGCUCAAAUGAAGUUGAUGUUUCAUUGUUUAAAUUAAAAAUGACUUAUACUUCCCAACACAUUUACGUAAAUUGUGUAUUUUUUACUCAAAAGUUUCUACUUGACACUAAAAUAUCAGAUUAGUCCUGUUCAAUGAUAAAUACUUAAAGUUAUUUAAAAAAAAAUAGAAACAUUUGAUUUUCUUUUACAUAAAUAACAUCUGUAUACCCUGUCAAAGGUCUGAACUGUUCUGCUUCACUAAAUAUUCUAAAACUUGC